AUGGCCGACUUUGGGGAGAUCCUUAGGAACAUUGGAGAGUUUGGAACCUUCCAGAAGCUCCUAAUCUGCGCAGUUUCUUUCCCGAGUACAAUCAUUACUUUCACAUUCGCCUGCUUACUUUUUAUCCAGUUGGACCCGGAGCGGCAUUGCAACACGGACUGGAUCCUGAAGGCCGACGCUAACCUGACCUCGGAGGAGCAGCUGAACCUGACCGUUCCUCUGGAGCAGGACGGUUCUUUCAGCAGGUGUCGCAUGUUUGUUCCGGUGGACUGGGACAUCGGGACCAUCCGGGAACACGGACUCAACGACACCACGGUGUGCCAAAAUGGUUGGGUGUACAACAGUGAACUUUAUACUGCCACCAUAGUCACUGAUUUUGAUCUGGUAUGUGAUCGGGCUCAUUUACCUCAACUGGCACAAUCAGUAAGUAUGAUGGGCGUUCUGCUGGGUUGUCUCUUAUUUGGACCAGUGGCUGAAUCGAUUGGUCGUAAACGAGCGGCUCAAAUUCCGAUGGUUUUUUCCCUCAUUUUUACUGUCGUCACUGCUUUGUGCCCAUACUACGGACUAUUUCUGCUCUCCCUGUUUUUGGCCGGCGUUGGCAGCGGAGGUUUUCGGCUAAACGCGAUCAUAUUAGCCACAGAGUGGAUUGGUCCUUCCAAAAGAUCAUGGGGAGCUUGCAUAAUUCAACUCUGUGGAGCAGCUGGAAAGGCCAUCCUUGCUGGUCUGAUCUAUGCCAUUCGAGACUGGAGACUAGCUCAACUCAUCAGUGCAGUUCCACAAGCCGUCGUUUGUAUUUAUAUCUGGUUCCUUCCAGAGUCCGCCAGGUGGUUGUUGGGCAGAGGGAGGACAGAAGAAGCUAAAGAGUUGCUGUCUAAAGCGGCAGCUGUCAAUAAACGCACCUUCACUGACUCUCACCUGGAAAAGGUUGUUGUGAAUAAAAUCGACAGAAAGAGUGGCAUUUUAAUACUUUUUCAGUCAUCUUUGCUAAAGAAGUAUUUCUUUAUCGUAGUAUUCAUAUGGUUCUCAGUGAACAUUGGCUACUUUUGCAUCACCUUCAAUGUGGGGAACUUUGGCUUGGACGUUUUCAUGACGCAGAUGUUCUUUGGUCUGACUGAGAUGCCGGCUCAGAUACUUUGUAUGUGGCUGCUGGAAGCCGUGGGGAGAAGAAUAUCCUUCAUCUCCACACUUCUGGUUGGGGGGCUCUUGUGUAUCCUGAUGCUCGUGUUCAAUCAAGGAAAUGCCGUUGCCGUGACCACACUGGCAACGUUAGGACGCUUCACCUUCUUCUGGGCGCUAAGCAUAUGCAAUGUUUAUCUUCAGGAGUUAUUCCCAACGUCUUGUCGGCAAACAGCCUUCGGUUUGGGCACCAUCAUGUGCCGGGUUGGCAGUCUUAUUGCUCCGUUGAUCAACAUGUUGGCGAUGUACCACUGGUCAAUACCCACCGUAAGUUUCAGCGUCCUCAUAUUGAUCAGCGCUGGUCUCAGCUUCCUGCUUCCCGAGACCCGCGGGACUGAGCUACCGGAGACGACGGAGGAGGUGGAGAGAAACAGAAAUAAGAAGAAAAUGAAGAACGAAUGUGAAUCGAAUACACACAUCCCAUCAAGUAGACUGUAAUGUCCGCUCCACCACCAACACCUUUUUUAAGCUGGUCUAUGGGUCCAAACAAUAUCCGGAAUAUUUGAGUAAAAAACAAUUUGGGACUGAGCUGGAAGACUGAAAUGCACAAAAAUAUUUUCACUCUCAUUCCAAAAGCUAAUGCUACUUUAUUUUGUAUUGGUCCAUUCCUUAAAAAAAAAAAAAGAAUUGUAGUUAUAAAAUACUUUCUCUUUACAGUUUGUAUGUAAUAAUAACAUUACACAUUUUCUAAGUUAGUGUUUUUUACCUUUAUAACGUGAAAUGUUUGUCGUUUUUGUUUCCCAAAAAUGAUAUUCCUUUGAUAUCAGUGUUUAACGUCGUGUAUAUUUGUUGUCAGUUUUGUAAGUGUAUGUAUGUAUGUAUGUAUGUACUUUUGUCAUGUGAAUAAAAUGUUUUAUAAAUGUAUUGAAG